CCCGUGGUACUUGCUGGACUGGACUGGGACGAUAUUCAGCGGAGAGCGAGCCUUGAUCACAAUGGCAGCGGACUGGCAGGCCGACGCCGAGAAUGGUAAAAUGGAAGAGAGUGAAAGCAAGAUCGCUCUACUCCUCUCCCAUUUCACGGAUCUCCUGGCGACGUGCAUUGCACAACAGGAGGACAUCCACAGCCUCGACGACGCGGUUCAGACACACAACCAGGCAUUUGACCAAGUCAACAACCGCCUCCAGCAACUGGAACAAACCGUCGCCGCCCCUGUUGCCAGCUCCUCCAACACCUCCGAUCGCCUCGAGGCAUUGGAGAUUGACGUCGGAUCCCUCAAGGACGGCGUGCAGUUACAGCAAACCGCAACGCAACAGUUGGAGCAAUGGAUCUGUACUGCCGCCAUUCACUCGAGAGCGGAACAGCGCGAGACAACUCCAAAGUUCGAUGGGCAGGAGAUCUUCUGCGACUCGACGAAGACGGACCCGAUUCCAUGGUUCUGCAAGUUCGAGCUCAAGUUGCAGCUACACCGCGUCAGUGAGCACAAACAUCACGCGUACUUAUACUCCCGCUCGGGGGGCGCGUGCCAAGCAUGGUUGGACAAUCUCUUGUCCAAGUACGAGGUGGUAGCUGCCAACUUGUACACCAAGAUCAGCUGGGAUGAUCUAAAGGCGGCGUGGCAUAAGCGGUUCCAAGUAGAGUCGUCGGAGAUCAAGGCAAUGGACAAGUUGAUGACCUUCGAACAAGGCACGCUGCCGAGUGUUGACUGGAUUGCCGAGUACCAAUGCUUGACAUCCGUCCCAGACAUUCAGAUGGGCUUUAAGGCCGUCAAACACUACUUCAUCUCGAGGUCGUGUCCGGCGUUCGGCAAUGCCUUGACUCACGUCGAGGACACCCUGACGACAACGGCGGAGCUCUUCGACAAAGCCGCGCAGAUUAUUGUCAUGAACAAGGAGGCUAAGAACCUCAACCGUUCGUCUGCGGCAGGUCCGAGAAGAGAUCAGCAUCGGCCGAAAGUGGCCGUGGUCGCGGCGGCAACGCCAACGGACCCUUCUAGCGAGGCCUGGUCUCCACGACACAGUGGGCUGCCCGUCAAAAGGCAAGGGCAAGUCGGAAAACUGAGCGCCGCCGGGAGUGAAUCGACCACACUCUCGAUGCCUUCAGAACCGGUCGCUUCGCAGGUGACCGCCCUUCGUUCCAAGACACAUGCGGAAGUCGAUAGUCCUCUUCUAUAUUCUUAUGAGGACUAUGCUGCCCAGCUCGUUCCUACACAUGCUCAAGGACAAGAAGUGUGUGCGGCAUCUUCUCCGUCCGACAGCGGCGACUUAUCGUCUUCAAGUGGUUUUUCAUGGGAUUUGGUGCGCGAGUUCAACGUAGAGGUAUUGGACCCGCUCACGUCCGAGGAUUUCGCAUGGCUUCCUCUCCCGAUCUCGAACCGCUUGCCGGGACCGCAAUGCGCAGCGUUAUGCGCUUAUCUUCACACGUAUUUAUCCUUCUAUGAACCACCAACUUCGUCAACGGAUGACGAAGCUAGGGUGGGGGACAUCCUUGCGUAUGUUACCAAGGUGGCCCGUGAGUUUCGCAAGCAGCGGUAUGAUGACAACAACGCACCGCUCCUCUAUGUCUGCAUCCAAGUUGGGCAAGCGUCCUGCAACGCUUUGCUGGAUAACGGCGCGUCUCACAAUUUCAUGAGCCAAGCCUUUAUGCAAAGGGCUGGCCUUGGUGCACAAGUUUGGAGGAAGGCAAACCCGACGGCGAUAAAGUUGGCGGACCGAAGGACGCAGCAACUUAUCGACCACUACAUCGAGGCAGUACCAGUGUAUUUCGCACCUCAUGCAUGCGAACCGGUGAUGUUCAACAUUUUGGACACGAACUUCGAUAUCAUUUUGGGAAUGCCUUGGCUUGCAAGUGCGGAUCAGACGGUCAACUUCCACCGGCGGACUCUUACCGUUCGGGACGCCUUUGACGCCAAAGUACCGUGUGCUAUUCCUCUUCCACACCCUUCGAUCCGGUGCCAAGUGGUGACGGCAAGUCGUUCCGGGCUACUCGCGCUUACAAGCAGCCCGACAAGAUAGGCCUAUGCUUCCUAUGGACCGUCGCGGUAGCCAAUUCUUCCCCCACAGACUUGUCUUAGAACCCCUGUGUGGUGCGGUUGCUUGACUAGU